AUGUCCCAUACCCCUGAUGUCGAAGGACAACGCGGGCGUAAUGACGCCGACCAACAUAGUUCUGCCGGUCACAACCGCUCCGAGCGGCACGAUGCUUGGAACAAGGCCGCCAAACUCUUCCACAAGCGCGACAAGGAAAAGAUAAAAGCAUGGCAGAAUGAGACGGACGGGUUUCUAAACUUCUCUUCGCUUUUCUCUGCGGUUAUCACCGUUUUUUUGGCAUUCACGUUCCCGACUAUCGAGCCAAACAACGCUUCUCAGAACAGUCUUCUACUCCAAUUGUACAAGAAUCAACUCGAUCCAGAAAACCCUCUUUCUCUCCCCACAAACAUCGCAAAUGUCUUCGACUCUCCCCCUCCCACGUCCGCCGCCAUCCUCCCCAACAUCCUCCUCAUCGUGUCUCUUCUGUUCAGCCUCAUCGCAUCCGGGAAGUCGCUCUGGUUCAAAGAGUGGCUGCGCGAGUACACUCUCGACGAGCCUCGCCACCCGCGCUCCCUCCUGCGUAUCCGGCAGCUCCGACACGACGGCCUCGCCGCAUGGCACAUGCACGCCAUCGUCUCCGCCAUCUCCUUCCUCCUCCAGCUCUCCGUCGCUCUCUUCGCCACCGCGCUCGUCAUGGUCGUCCAGCCCAUUCCCUCCCCGCCCCUCCGGAUCAUGGUCACCACGAUCGCGGCCCUCUGGGUCACGGUCACGCUCGCCGCGGCGGUCUGCCCCACGCUCUCGGCGCACUGCCCGUUCAAGAGUGCGCUCGCGGGGUGGGUGUUUCGCUUGCUGUACGCGACGCGGACCGUGCUCUAUCCGCGCACGCCCGCCGGGUGCGCGAGAAGUUCGCCGCCCGGGGUCCAGACGGGGUCGGGGUCGCAGUGGGAGUGCCGGUACAAGACGUUUGGGGAGCGAGAGCAUGCGGUUGCGGAAGCACUGGGGGAGCUGCUCGACCUCGAGGCACUGGAGUACCUGAACGAGGAGUACUGGGGGCACAAGGACCUCAGGGUGGUGAACCGGUGCUUCAGGGACAUUGCAGAAACCCCGUGGGCGCUGGAGCGCAUCGAGAAGAUCCUCGCGGUGCGUCUGCAUUGCGCGGAGAGGGACCUAGGCUUGGAGAGCGUCGUCAAGGAUAGGUGGCUGUCGGUGGACACGCCGGGAGUCAAGGAUUUGAUGCGAAUUUGGCUCGACAUCGACAAGCAGCAUCCGUCUGGGAGAGGCGAAGUGAAGGAAGUGUUUGGGAAAGCUCUCAGUCCGGACUUUGCAGCUGUUGACGCAGCCACGCUUUUCGGAAGAGAGGACUCAUCUUCGGACUCUGAACACGAGAAAUGA